AAGCGACGCUCUGGCCUUCUUCCUCUUCAGUGCUCCCCGGCCCCGGCUGACGUUGGACAACAGAGAUGGCGGCAGGAACCAGCAACUACUGGGAAGAUCUCCGGAAACAGGCCCGACAGCUUGAAAAUGAACUUGAUCUGAAACUGGUUUCCUUCAGUAAACUGUGCACAAGUUAUAGUCACAGUAAUGCCCGAGAUGGAAGACGCGACAGGUAUAGUUCUGACACAACACCCCUUUUAAACGGAUCAAGCCAAGACAGAAUGUUUGAAACAAUGGCUGUGGAAAUUGAGCAGCUCUUGGCAAGGCUUACAGGAGUAAAUGACAAGAUGGCAGAGUACACAAACAGUGCUGGCGUCCCCUCCCUCAAUGCCGCCCUCAUGCACACGCUGCAGCGACACCGAGACAUCUUGCAGGAUUACACACAUGAAUUUCAUAAAACCAAAGCAAAUUUUUUGGCAAUACGGGAAAGAGAGAACCUCAUGGGAUCAGUACGAAAGGAUAUUGAGUCAUAUAAAAGUGGUUCCGGAGUGAACAAUAGAAGAACUGAAUUAUUUCUGAAAGAACAUGACCACCUACGAAACUCAGAUCGACUGAUUGAAGAAACAAUAAGCAUUGCAAUGGCAACGAAAGAAAAUAUGACGUCCCAGAGAGGGAUGUUGAAGUCUAUACAGAGCAGGAUGAACACGUUGGCCAAUCGUUUUCCUGCAGUGAAUAGCUUAAUCCAGCGGAUCAACCUGCGCAAACGUCGAGACUCCCUCAUCCUGGGUGGUGUCGUUGGCGUCUGCACCAUCCUCUUGCUACUAUAUGCUUUCCACUGAUGGACAUUCUCUAGAGACUCUUGACAACCACCACUUCCUUGAGUUGAUUCCAGUUACAGAGCAGUGGGAAGGAGACAUGGACAGACCUGGAGAGCUGUUGACCAUCAUCAUGUCAUUUAGGGCCUGUGAGAGGCUGUGGUGCUGGUCUGGGUUGGGGCUGAAGCUACAAUGUUUGUGUCCUCUUUUCACCAAAAUUUAUCUCACCCUUUUUGUUUCAAAACCAAACCAAACCAAGAAAAGUUUUCAAUCCUUUGUGUCUCUCUAUGAGGUGAGUAAGCAUAUUGAGGGAAAAAAGUGGCUUCAUGAUGGAAACUAGUGAUUGUUCACUAAAAAAGUACGUCUGAAGCUUGAGUGUCUUCAGGAAGCCAGUGUCCCCUAAAGUCCAGAUUCCAGACUCUUUUGGCCUGUGACCGGUGUAUUGCAGCUUUAAGCCGUCGGGGUGGUUUGGGAAUGAAUGCAGCUUUUUUUUCUUUCUUUCUUUUUUUAAUUUGUGGUAAACAGUCACAGGUCAUUCUGUGUCAUCUGUGCUGUAGACUUCUACUCUGUGUGUUCAGUCUUUUUUUUUUUAAAUAUUCAAAGAUAACUCAGUUUGCACAGAAACUAACCCAACUGUUUUGUUGAACAUCUGUCUACUUUGGGGGACUUUUGGGAGACAACCUUACUUUAGCAUAAGGAAUACUGAGACUGUUGCCCUAAUUGAAAUGCAGUGGAAUAUUUGUUCUAACCAUGAGCAAACUACAGUGAUAGAAGCAUUUUUGGUAUAUAUGCUUUGGUGGGCUAGUGGUCAUCUAAAAAUCUCUGAAAAAAAGACAGUGGUUUUUUUUUAAAAAGGUUGUUCAUUGUUUUGACUAUGGUUUUGUUGUUUUUUUUUUUUUACUGAAUUAAUGUUGUCUGCUUUGAAAGUAGAAUGAAAUCUAAACCCUGCCAUGAAAUGAGAAACUUAGGUUACCUCAGCCAGCUUUCAAAAGUCCCCCAAACUGUCACAUGCCCCAAGCCUUCCUGAGUCAGAACUGACAUACGCUGGUCCCUGAGGAAGGGUAUGGUCCAUUUUGCAGUCAGACAUGCUGCACCUUGAGUAACUAUGUCAUGUGUAAACAAAAACAAUCAGAGAGCCCCCAUGCCAUCCUCUGCUGCAUUAUCUAGCCCAUCUUCUUGUUCCUACUAUGUGAGGGAAUCAGGUCACCCUGUGUCUAUCUUGAUGUAGAAGAUCUCAUCUGGUCAAGGUUUCUGAACCUUCAGAAUGUUAUUACUGUUCAGCAUACAUAUUGCAGAGUCUUCUUUCCAUCCGCUCCUGACUUCUGUCCAUCACUGACAAAAUUAUAAACUGUCCAUUAGAGUUCCUUAAAGUUCAGUCGCUUGAUCAGUCCUCCUAGCAAUUAAUUCCCCAUCUUGGUAGUGAUUGUGGUCAUAUGCAGUGUGGAGAUUUGCCCAACAUCUCUGUUCCUUUCCUGGGGAAAAAAGAAAAAGGCUGCUUGAAACCAUUAGAGUUUCUAAUUCAUGCUCUGGGCUCCACCAGGAGGACUAAAAGAGUUUUGGAUGCGCUGCCAGAACCUCCUCGUGGUGUGUAGAUUAUAUUGUUCAUGUGACCUGGAUAGAGGCUUAUGUCUAGAAUGACACACUGGUGUGAUACGAUACAGACACUGCAGAGAUUUUUCUUUUUGAUGUCAAGGUUCUAUUGCCUUCUGGAUUAGAAGGGGAUGUGAUGAUAAUAUUUUUAAAUUAUUGGGUUUAUUUUUCUAUGUAUGGGUUGAUCACUUCAUUGAUUGGGGGUGCCCUUGAUUUGAAAGAAAAUUAGUUUUCCCUCCAUGAAGCUUGAAGGAUCAGGGAAGUAAAUUCAUUAAUUAAAUUCUCUCUUUUGGGAGAUCAGAGCUCCCCUGACACUUAUUAUCUUUGAUUUUUUUCAAAGGGCCUCAGUUGGUGGUUGUGUCCCAGCUAGAGUUUAUAGAACUUUUGGUUACUCUACAGUUGGCAUUUAUAAAAUCUGCAGUUAUCAUAAAAUAAAGUUAUUUAUUUAAUUAUAUAACCAGUCUUUUUACUGGUCUGAUUAUUUGGUGCAUUCAUUAAAUCUAAUUGUAUGAGAAUCAAAUUGCUAUUAUAAAAAAAUAAUCUUGCUUACUAUAACUAAAUAAUCAGUUUUGUUGGCUGGUUAACCUUUAAGUCAGGGUCAUGCAUAUGUGAAGGAAUAGAAUUUCUGUCAGGUAUCCUUUGUUUCUUUUGUGGUUAUUGGUAAUGAAUUUCACUUUGUGACCUUCCCCGACAAUCCCCCACCCCCGCCACCCCAAAACUCAUAUGAUUCAUUAUUACUGUUGUGUUUCUCACUAGCGCUGGAUACCAGUGGCCAAGACAUACUCGUUAUCAUCAGGGAUUCUGUAAUGGCUUUGUUUAAUGUAUUCCUACAUUCUCCAGAAAGAUCCUUCCAAAAAAAUGCUACCAACCCCUACGAUCUCAUAGAAUGUAAGGUUUGAAAGUGCUCGGUCUAAGCGAGAGAAGCUAAGUUAUUUGCCUGAGAUCACCCAACUAGUCAAUGGCAGAAGUAGCUCUAGAGCCCAGAUCCCUGACUCCUCCUAGUCCAGUAUGCUUUCUGCCAUCCGGUAUUACAGCAAGAAAGGGAGGAGUGCUGUUCUUGCUCCCCAUGUGGCAUUUGGUCCACAAUACCUUAGUCCUUUGAAGUUCUGAUUUUCACAGCCUGUGCCCUUGUCUUUAAAUUCAUGUCUUUUGCCUGGAAAAAGUGUAUUCUUGUUGAGAAGAGAAGGACCAAUUCUGAAAUCCUAUUUCUCUGCCCCCCCCCAAAAAAAAAGCUGCUUGAUGCUUUGGGGAAGAAACAUUCAGUGCCAUGAAUUUUUCUUUUUUAUGUCUUAUUAACAGCCAGACACUCAGAACUUUCUAAUUCACUGUCAAGAUGAGAAAUCAUGGCAACAAAAAUGGUGGAAGGUGCAGGAAAUUCCAAAAGAUACAUUUUUUUCCUUUGGGUUUAUUGAUAUCUUAGUAAAAUGUUUAAUUAAAAACUACUUUGUUCUUUCCUAAUUCAAGCCAUCAGCUCUAGGUGCUUUUGGUCUUUUGUCCUGGUAAUUUUCCAUUCAUAUAUGAAUGAAGUGAAGUGCUCCCUAUAAAAUGCAUUAUUUUACUUUUCAUGGGAUAAGAGUUUGGAGAUUUAGAGCAGAAAGAGACCUCUGAGGUGAUUUUGUCUGGCCCUUUCAUUUUAUAGAGAGAGUAGAUGCCGGGGGUCAGAGAGGCGCAAUGAUUGCCCAGGGUCACUACGUCCCGUGCCAGUGCUCUGCCCACUCCGUUACUUGACCAUCAUGUAUUUUCAUUCUCAGAAAAAGGCUUUUCUGCCUGGUCAUUUGUAGGUUUGGGUGUAAGAAAAACCUUCCCAGCAAGGAAAGUUGAUUCAUGGCACUUGCAACUGUGUUCAUGGAGGAAAAACCCUGAGAAUGGAGACAGCAUGGCAAGAAAUGCCCUGCGAGGUCACUUGCUUUCUUUGUGUGUGAGAUCGGAUAUAUUCACCACUUUCUCUUUAGUAUUGGAUACUACUAAAUGCAUCUUAUUAAGAGAUUGUGCUUAUGGCAGUAUGAAUGGAGUACCUGUUUCUGAUAUGACAAGGAAAAGGCUUAAUCUCAUAUUUUCAAAGUUUGCAACAUAUUAAAAAUUGAAGGACCUCAAUCAUACAUGCCAACCAUUAACUUCUGUAGUUCUCUUUAGCUAGAUUUUUUUUUUAUUACAACAAGCAGUGGAAAGGAGUAGAACGUCAGGCUUAGACUGGGCUUAUUUAUUUGUUAUGCCUCAAGUUAGAUCAUUAACAAGUUAAUUACAGUCCACCAAAUAAUUGAUGACCUCCAAGAAUUUUCACUUAACCCUUCCCUGCGGACAUUGACACUUGGGUCACUCUGGCUAGACUAACGUAACAUUGACUUCUGUGGCAAGUGUAACAGAUGAGUGGGGAGCUCCUCAGAGAACUCCAGGAGUUGUGUUCCGUCCUCUGGGGAUGUUUUGCCUCUUUGAACUCAUACUAGAAAGAUGCACGACUUUGUUCGUAGGCCGAUCCUGUGAAGUGCAUCACCAAACUCAAAUCUUUCUUGAAGGUGAAACUAAAGGAAGGGCCAGACACGGACCAAGACUGUUUGUGGAAUGAGAAAUUAAGACAAAGCUGAGCCAUAUUUUGGGGUCUUUGGUGACUUUCUCUGUACCUCAGAUCUGUCUCACCCAGGUACUGGGGCCUUUGCAUUUGCUUUCAUUCUUUCAGCUCUUAAACGAGACAGAGAAUCAGUUACCAUCAUACAUCACCAGGAUGAAAGAUGUUCCCUCAUGAAAAAUGCCAAUUCAAAACUCUUGUCUCUUCUUUUACAGUUGCACUUUCUAUUUUUUUCUUUUAAAAUAGCUUAUUGGAACCUAUUUUAUUGUAUUUGUAAUUAAUUUUUAUUCUCAUCUAAUGUGCAUUUUCUGUCUGUAUAGAAAAGGCUUUGUUAUGUAAUUUAAUAAUAAACUAGAAUUCUAACUGGU